GUUGACACUAAAGUGCACGGAGUAGAGCGAUUCUAGUGAGUUCGGAGCGGAAAAUUGUGCAGAUUUUUGCUACGUCCGACGCGGAACAAAUCCUUUCGCGUCACGAAAUAUUGAAUUAAGUUACGAAGUGCAGGGCAAAUGUAUAAAGCACAACAAUCAUGUGGGACUCGUCGAUGUUUCUGAGCACUCUAACGCCAAAGUUCUAUGUUGCAUUGACCGGCACCUCGAGCCUUAUCUCGGGUCUUAUUCUCAUCUUCGAAUGGUGGUAUUUUCGCAAAUAUGGGACGUCCUUUAUAGAACAAGUCUCUAUCAACCACAUCAGUCCGUGGAUAAAUGGCAGUGACAGUUCCAGCGAAUCGAACGGAAACAACGGCGGCCAACAGAUACCUGAGUGCAAAGUUUGGCGAAAUCCUCUGAAUUUGUUCAGGGGCGCGGAGUAUCAGCGAUUUUACUGGGCGACGAACAAGGAACCGCUCACGUACUAUGACAUGAAUUUGAGCGCACAGGACCACCAGACGUUUUUCACUUGCGAAGGUGAUGCGGGCAAAGCAGAGUAUGAAAUCAUGCAAACAGCAUGGCGUGAACGAAAUCCUGUCGUUCGGAUAAAGGCAGCCCAUAAUGCUUUAGAAAUAAGUGUCGACUGUGCGCCGGCAUACAUUCUCUUAGCAGAGGAAGAAGCCACAACUAUUCUUGAAGCGGAAAAAAUAUUGAAAACUGCAUUAAAAGUAGCGGAAACAAAUUAUCGAAAAUCACAAAGUACGCAACAUCAAGGCUCUAUUGCUGAAGGGAUCCACAGGCGAGACACAAAUGUCUUAAUCUAUAUCAAGCGGCGAUUAGCAAUGUGCGCUCGAAAGUUAGGUAAGCUGAAGGAGGCAGCGAAAAUGUUUCGUGAUCUUACUAAAGAGAUUCCGUCUAUCAUGAAUGUACUAAACAUCCAUGAGAAUCUAAUCGAAACAUUACUGGAGAUGCAAGCUUAUGCAGAUUGUCAAGCGGUGCUAGCAAAAUAUGACGACAUAUCAUUGCCGAAAUCGGCAACGAUUUGUUAUACAGCGGCUUUACUGAAAGCAAGAGCGGUGGCGGAUAAAUUUUCGCCUGAUAUUGCAUCAAAAAGAGGCCUAAGUCCUGCCGAAAUGAGUGCUGUGGAAGCUAUCCACAGAGCGGUGGAAUUUAAUCCACACGUUCCGAAAUAUCUUCUGGAAACAAAACCGCUUAUUUUACCUCCUGAACAUAUUUUGAAGCGGGGGGAUUCAGAAGCACUGGCAUAUGCCUUCUUCCAUUUGGCACAUUGGAAAAAUGUGGAGGGUGCUCUCAAUCUUCUGCACUGUACAUGGGAAGGUACUUUCCGAAUGCUUCCUUAUCCUUUGGAGCGGGGGCAUUUGUUCUAUCCUUAUCCAACAUGUACAGAAUGUGCGGAUCGUGAACUCCUCCCGUCUUUUCAUGAAGUUUCCGUCUAUCCGAAAAAGGAGUUGCCCUUCUUUAUUCUUUUCACGGCGGGCUUGUGUUCAUUCACGGCCUUAUUGGCGCUAUUGACUCAUCAAUAUCCAGAACCGAUGGGAAAUAUUGCACAAACUGUACUUAACUGGAUCUCAUUCCCGUUUCAAUUAGUUAAGGAGCGUAUUGAAGCGAUUUGGCCAUGUAAUUUAUUGCAACAAUUGUCGCGAAUUUGAAUUUGAAUUACUACAUUAAAUAUUUAUAUAUACAUUAGAUACAGUCUUGUAAUCAAUCAGUUCAAUGUGAUGAUUUUAAAAAAAUUGUGUAUCCUAUUCUUACUUUUUUCAUAAUUUUAAGUUUGUCGUUUUUGUAAGAUUAUGCUACGUAUAAUUGGAAUUUGUCUUUUGCAAGAACGAAUCAAAUUCAGUACAUGUUUUUUUACAAAA